AAGGACGAGGAUGCGGCCUAAGCUCCGCCCCCUUAUCCCGGAAGUGUCGGUGGAGGAUGGUUUCCAGCCGGUAGUUAGCCCAGUGCGGCGUCGGACCGGGAGGGGGAAAAAAAAAAAAAAAAGACUUUCGCGGGAUGGCGGACCGCGGCAUCGGCUCCUCGGAGCAUCUAGAGCGGCUGCACGAGAUUUUUCGCGGCCUCCAUGGGGAGUUGCAAAGCGCCCCGGAGAGGCUGCGCGGGAACCUGGCGGUUGAAGAGAAAAAAAAGUUAAUGCGAGAGUUUGAUGAAAAACUAAAAGAGGCAAAUGAAACGUUAAGGGAAAUGGAAGAAGAACUGAAAUAUGCCCCAGUGUCCUUCCGUAAUCAAAUGAUGAUUAAAAUUAGAACUUACAAAGGAGACCUUAGCACAUUUCAUAGGAAAAUGAAAAGUACGGAUUUGGGAGUAGCUCCGAGUGCACGUGGGAAUUCAAAGUUUGGUAUCUUCUCAACGGAAAAUGAGCAGAGAACUCAGAUGCAGUCUCAGAGGGUGUUACUGCUUCAGGGAACAGAAAGCUUGAACCGAGCCACUCAGAGCUUGGAUCGGACACACCAAAUUGCCGCAGAAACUGAUCAAAUUGGUAGUGACAUCAUUGAAGAACUGGGUGGGCAACGUGAGCAGCUGGAACGCACCAAAGGCAGAUUAGUAAACACAAAUGAAAAUUUAAGCAGAAGUCGGAAGAUCCUACGUUCCAUGUCAAGAAGACUUAUGACAAAUAAAUUGUUACUCUCUGUCAUCAUCAUCCUGGAGGUAAUCAUCCUGGGAGGUCUCGUCUACUACAAGUUCUUCACUAAGCCUUGAAGAGAUGCAGCUUUUCUCCUUUGCUGUCUUCGAUCCACUAUAUGGACAUUCCUUGGCAAUAGCUGUUUGACUACAGAUUGAAAAGAUGGAUUGUAUUUUACUACGUUUAAAAUAUAGUGCUGCUGGCUUGUUGUCAGUCUUGACAUGUC